UCACUCUCACACAAAUGAAUUUCAAUCCAGCUGCAUUACGCAACAGUCUGAUGCAGGCCAAGAUCAUGGAAUGGACCAAUGAUGAUGCCCUCGAACUCAUCGAACAGUAUCGAUCCCAUACAGAGCUGUGGAAUCGUGCCGAUCCAAAGUACAAAGAUAAGCUGUGUCGCUUUCGCGCAUGGUCGGAAAUUGCCGAACGUUUUGGGUGCAGCAAGGCCGAGGUUGAGCGUAAAAUGAAUGUUCUGCUGACGCAGUAUCGACGGGAGAAACAUAAAAUGUUGGUGAAAUUGUAUCAGGGCAUACAGCCAAAUCCAUCCAAAUGGUAUGCAUUUAAGCGUUUCGAUUUUAUGGAGGCCGGUGGUGGUAGUGCCAGUUCAAUGGCCGGCAUUGCGGGUGGAGGACAACAUGCAGUGGCGGCAGCAGCCGCUGCUGCGGCGUUGAAUGGUUUAACAGCGUCCGGUUAUGAAUCGGCAACGGCUGCAUCAUCAGGACCCACAAUAGCUCAACAUCGGCGAAUGCGAAGUAAGGAGAUGAAAUAUUUUGGAGCGAUGGGCCUUAACCUGCCAAUGCUACUUGCCAAUCAUCCGCCCUUGGAUUCUUGGCAUCCAUCCGGUGCAUUUUCCCCGCCUCAAGUUAACGAACGCAACCACCAGCUGCAUGUAACCUUGCCCAUGCCAUUCUCUGCCCCUUCGCACGGUGAUUUGAAUAAUUCGGCCGCUGGUAGUUUAGGUGGCGGCAGCAGUAACAGCGACUUUGCCGGAAGUCCCCAGAAACCCAUGGAUACCACCGACAUUGAUAACGAUGACAACGACGACAAGGAACCCGAAGCCAAAUGCGAACGUACAUCAUCGACACCGUCCAAUCUACACGAGACCUCUCUGACCUCAAACGAUGGCCGUUUGAGUAGUGCUGGCGGAGGCACAAGCAGCUUAGCUGGCGGCAGUGGUGGUAGUGUUGGUGGCGGUGGUGGGGGCAGUGUUGGCGGUCGUCGUAGCACUGGUGCCUCCGGUACAGAUGCCGGUUCUAGUCCUAUACCAAAUACAAAUACUUUUGAAGCUCAUAAACAAAGACACUUAAUGCCGGGUGGCGCUAUGGCCAGCGGGUCGCGAGAUCAAGACGAUCUGGAUAUUAAACAGGAACUACUGGAGAAUUAUUUCCACGCCCCACAUCCGCCACCGCCUCCCGGUUCGCACCGUUCCUACAGUUCGGCCGAUGAUAACCGCCACCCCGGUGACUGUCCCGACGAUUUUGCUCAAGAUUUACGGGUAAGCGCCGCAGCUGCGGCUGCCGCCAAAGGUCUUGAUUUCAGCCGUUUUGUCCUGCCACCUAAUCUGCGACGUUCCACCGAAUCGAUAGAUGAGAAAUUUUCCCCGCUCAAUAUGCGCAAGCUGACAGCGUCGAGUGCCUCAUCGAGUGCGGCCGGUCAAAUGCUCAUGAAUUCACUGCUCUCCAACGAAAGUAUGUCCGAGGACAAUAACACAUCGAUCAGUGAUCGGCUGAAGACGUCGUCGAGCAUGGGCGGCGGCAGUGCCGGUGGUGGCCCCAAUGGCCUCAGUAAUUCCCAGGAUGCUAGUUCAUCAGCAGCGGCUGCAGCAGCGGCAGCUGCUAUCUAUGCCGAAAGUCUGAAUAAAGAUGACUGCGAUUUUAUAGGUUCUAAUGUUAGCGUUAAGCUACGAUCUAUGGAUCGUACACAGCGUAUUAUAGCUGAAAAACUAAUCAGUGAGGUACUCUACUAUGGUCAGUUCAAUGAGCUGGAGCGAAGCGCUCGAAUACAGCCCAAGUGACACAUCCUAAAGAAAUUUUUAAGUUCACGUUUUAUGAAUUAGU